UGUGGGGAGAAGGGAGAUGGGGUGCGGGUUUGGAGGCUGCUGCUCGCUCAGGGAGGCCUGUCAAGCUCUGCUCUGUCCUGCAGGAAUGGACCUGAAUGGCGCUUCAACAGAACGAGGUUGAACCCAGAUGUGCUGUCGCCCAAGGCCUUCCAAAAGUACGUCCCCAUGGUGGAUACGGUGGCAAGGGACUUCUCAGAGGCCCUGAAGAAGAAGGUACUUCAGAAUGCCCGGGGAAGCCUGACCCAGGACGUCCAGCCCAGCAUCUUCAACUACAUCAUAGAAGCCAGCAACCUAACGCUCUUUGGAGAGCGGCUGGGCCUCUUUGACUCUAACCCGAGCUCGGACAGCCUGAACUUCAUCCGUGCCAUGGACGCCAUGUUCAGGUCCACAGUGCAGCUCAUGUUCAUGCCCAGGAGUCUGUCACGCUGGACAAGCACCAAGGUGUGGAAGGAGCACUUUGAGGCCUGGGACUACAUCUUCCACUAUGCUGGAAA